CUCCCAUUCUCACUCUUGUGGAAACCUUUCCAACUAGAAGUCGACCCUCCCCCUCUCUCUCUCGAACUCAGAGUAUCUGACAUCGUCGAUAUCCACUUGGUCCUCGUCAUCAACAUCGCUAGACCGUCAUCAUGCCUCAGUACAAGCUCGUGUAUUUCAAUGUCCGUGCCCGUGCGGAGAUUUCUCGGUAUCUCUUUGCCCAAGCCGGAGUCGAGUACGAAGACUGCCGUCUGAAUUCGGAGGAAUUUCAAGCCAUGAAAACCGACGCAUCAAAGAUACCGCUUGGUCAACUUCCAGUGCUUAUAGUCGAUGGUAAACAAGUGAUUCCACAGAGUCAAGCCAUUGCCCGAUAUUUAGCAAAGCAAUUUGGGAUGUAUGGGAAGAAUGUCGAUGAGGAGACGACCGUUGAUGUCCUCACCGAUUGCGUGGCGGAUAUGUUUACCAAAAUGAUUAAGGUCUCUUUCGAGAAAGACGAGGCCACGAAGAAAGAGUUGUCGAAAAACUUCAUGGAAAAGGACAGCGUAGCCAAUUUAACUUUCAUGGAAACUACUUUGAAGAAAAACGGUGAAGGAAAAGGGUUCUUCAUUGGAGACAAAAUGACCCUAGCCGAUGUCGCUGUCUUCACCCUGAGCGAAAUGCUGGCCAAUGGAUUCCCAGGUCUGAUGGACAAGUACCCCCUCUUAAAAGACUUCGCAGGGCGUAUUAGGGCGCAACCUAAAAUCGCCGCUUGGAUCGCGAAGAGACCGGAAUCAUCCUUCUAAACGCAAUGAGAUGAUAUUAUUAGGACCAAUUUUACACAGAUUUCUUUACAGAACAAUCUCAGUGACUGCCUCUAAAAAUUUAAUAUGUUGUACGAUAAAAUGAAGCGCUUUCUCCACAAGACACUUAUCUGCUGAAAAAAACCCACAAUAUUUAUUUUCCAAAUGAAUUACUGGUGUCUGGUGUUGACAAUUGAAAUACGGCGUUAGUUGCACAAAAAACUACGUUUAAACGCAAAUUAAGACAAUCAAACACAAGCCCCAAUGAGUGUUUUGAUUGAGAGGAAACACAAUUGUAUUCAGUCACAUCUCUGUCUGUAAUGUGUCUCAGUUCUUUCACCCAUAUUACAGAUUCGAGGAGUAGGUGGCUUCAAAAUCGGUUUACUCCAUAUCUUAAUCAAAGGCAGGAAUCAAUAACCCCGAUCAAUAACCUAAUUUUCAAUGAAAAAUGGAUUUACCGCCAUUUGAAAAUGAACUUAUCAAAAUGUGGGCGAAAAGGGAAUUUUGGAACAGAGGCUCUUAUAUUCACAGGGGCCACGGAACGAUUUUGAAGGGGGGCAUGCACAAAAAACCGUUUUACACUGUUUUUUUUAAGUCACCCCCCCCCCCUGAGGCCCCUGAUUCAUUGUUAAGAGGCAGUCUUGUCAAACCUAGAGAUGCCGUUACGGAAUACUAAUCGGAUAAGAAAUAACAAUGUAAAUAACCAAACGGCUGAACCAAAUGUUUUCUUAUGAAACAAAACGUGUUAAACAAAAGUUUUUCGCUUGGUCAUUCAAUCUGGAAGUAAACACUGAAUUUACAUUAGAACACAUCUCAUUAAUAUUCCGUGACGGUUGGCAACUCUGCAAACCAACAAACAAAAUGUACAAACAUUUGAACUUGUUUGUUUUGUACGGAAUCCGGAAUCCCCUACACAUCGCAUACAUAACCAUAUAAUCGAUAUAUAGUUUACAUUAUUUAUAAAUUAGAUGAAGGAGAGUGUAGGUAUACGAUGAAAUACUUUUCUUAUACUGACUAUGCAUACAUAAAUUUGUAUUUGAAUAAAGAAAUUUAAAAAGA